UACCGGAAGUGACGAGAGUGGGUCCUCUAAAGGGGUAGUACUGUCUCUUCCUUUCCACGCGGUGGACCUGACCCGUCGGUUUGAAUUGCUCGUGCUGAACGAUGCCGGGGAAACUCCUUAGUGACCGGGACUUGGACUCAGACACGGCUAUGGAAAAAGUGGAGACACCGCGAAAGCAGAAUGAGAAGAAAAGUAGAAAAGAGAAGCCAAAAUCUAAUAAAGCUGAAGAGGCAACAGAAGUAAAGGAAGCAAUUAUUUCCCCCAAAGCUAAAAAAGUCAAAAAGAAAGCCGAGUCUAAUGAGGUUGACAUGAAUUCUCCUAAAUCCAGAAAGGCGAAAACGAAAGAGGAGCCAUCUCAGGAUGACAUUAUUUCUCCUAAAACCAAAAGUGUGAAAAAACCAAAGGAGUCCAUUGAAAAGAAAGUUGUUUCUCCUAAAACCAAAAAGGUAAUAAAAAGUGAAGAAACUUCUGAAGAAGAAGUAGAUGCUCCUAAGCCCAAGAAGAUGAAGAAAGAAAAGGAAGUGAAUGGAGAAAUUGGAGAGAAAAGCCCCAGACUGAAGAAUGGAUUCCCUCAUUCUGGACCUGUCUCUAACUCCAGUGAAACCCUUGGGGAAGAAAGUAACAGCGAGUUAGAGCAGGAAAUACCUGUGGAACAAAAAGAAGGAGAUUUCUCUAAUUUUCCCAUAUCUGAACAGACUAUUAAACUUCUCAAAGCCCGUGGGGUGACCUUCUUGUUUCCUAUACAAGCAAAGACGUUUCACCACGUCUAUAGUGGAAAGGACUUAAUUGCACAGGCGCGGACAGGAACUGGGAAGACAUUCUCCUUUGCCAUCCCUUUGACUGAGAAACUUCAGGGAGAACUGCAAGACCGGAAAAGAGGCCGUGCCCCUCAGGUGCUGGUUCUUGCACCCACGAGGGAGUUGGCAAAUCAAGUAAGCAGAGACUUCAGUGACAUCACAAGAAAGCUGGCAGUGGCUUGUUUUUAUGGUGGGACUCCCUAUGGAGGUCAGAUUGAACGCAUGCGGAAUGGGAUUGAUAUCCUGGUUGGGACCCCAGGUCGUAUCAAAGACCACCUGCAGAAUGGCAAGCUAGAUCUCACCAAACUUAGGCAUGUUGUCUUGGAUGAAGUUGACCAGAUGCUGGAUAUGGGGUUUGCUGAUCAAGUGGAAGAGAUUUUAAGUGUGGCAUACAAGAAAGAUUCAGAAGACAAUCCCCAAACGUUGCUUUUUUCUGCAACUUGCCCUCAUUGGGUAUAUAAUGUUGCUAAGAAAUACAUGAAAUCUACAUAUGAACAGGUGGACCUGAUUGGUAAAAAGACCCAGAAAACGGCAAUAACCGUGGAGCAUCUGGCUAUCAAGUGCCACUGGACUCAAAGGGCAGCAGUUAUUGGGGAUGUGAUACGAGUAUAUAGUGGUUUUCAUGGGCGCACUAUCAUCUUCUGCGAAACCAAGAAAGAAGCCCAGGAGUUGUCACAGAAUGUGUCCAUAAAGCAGGAUGCCCAGUCAUUACAUGGAGAUAUUCCUCAGAAGCAGAGAGAAAUCACUCUGAAAGGUUUUAGAAAUGGUGAUUUUGGAGUUUUGGUUGCAACCAAUGUUGCUGCUCGUGGGUUAGACAUCCCUGAGGUUGAUCUGGUUGUACAGAGUUCGCCACCAAAGGAUGUGGAGUCCUACAUUCAUCGUUCUGGGAGGACGGGUAGAGCUGGAAGGACGGGGAUUUGCAUCUGCUUUUAUCAGCACAAGGAAGAAUAUCAGUUAGCACAAGUGGAGCAAAAAGCGGGAAUUAAAUUUAAGCGAAUAGGGGUUCCUUCUGCAACAGAGAUAAUAAAAGCUUCCAGCAAAGAUGCCAUCAGGCUUUUGGAUUCUGUACCUCCCACUGCCAUCAGUCACUUCAAGCAGUCAGCGGAGAGACUGAUAGAGGAGAAGGGGGCCGUGGAAGCCUUGGCAGCAGCCCUGGCCCACAUUUCAGGAGCCACAUCGGUAGACCAGCGCUCUCUGAUCAACUCAGAUGCGGGCUUUGUGACCAUGAUCUUACGAUGCUCAAUUGAAAUGCCAAACAUUAGUUAUGCUUGGAAAGAACUUAAAGAGCAGCUGAGCGAGGAUAUUGAUUCCAAAGUGAAAGGAAUGGUUUUUCUCAAAGGAAAGCAGGGUGUUUGCUUUGAUGUCCCUACUGCAGCAGUAACAGAAAUACAGGAAAAAUGGCAUGAUUCACGGCGCUGGCAGCUCUCGGUGGCCACGGAGCAGCCGGAGCUAGAAGGACCACGGGAAGGAUACCGAGGCUUCCGGGGACAGCGGGAUGGCAGUCGAGGCUUUCGGGGACAGCGGGAUGGCAGUCGAGGCUUCCGGGGACAGCGGGAAGGCAACAGAAGCUUCCGGGGACAGCGGGAAGGAAAUCGAGGCUUCAGAGGACAGCGAUCAGGAGGUGGCAACAAAAGUAACAGAUCCCAAAACAAAGGCCAGAAGCGGAGUUUCAGUAAAGCAUUCGGACAGUAAUUUGAAGUAGAGGAUUUAUGCAGCAAUCGGAACGGAACACUGAUUUUCGUGCAAGGUGGAAAGCACAUGAGUUUCCUUCCUGACUACUUGCCUUGUCCCCAUCUCUUCCAGAGAGACAAGCUUCGUGGAAAUUAUUUCAUCUGAUACAAUCACUUUUAACGAUUGGGACUUAUGUCUCAGAUUUCUCUUUUGAAAAGAUGUAUGAAUUCAUUAUAUUUUUAUUCUGGUACAUUGUCUGUAGAUAGUAAGAUAAAAAUCAAGCAUGUAUUUGCCCAUACUUUUUACGUUGACCUGGCUCUGUACUUAAAUGGUGUCCUUCCCUGAAUACCUAUGGGGAAGGCAACGGUCUCUGGAGAGGUGCUCUGCACAGUCCAGGCUUGGCUCUGUAAUUGGCAUUCUUCAGCCACCUGCCUAACAGUGACUCAUGUGGUCCUGUAACAUGUCUUCGGAGAAUUAGUACUGAGCCAUGUUUUGAAGCAAGGUUUCAAACUUACCUGGGAGGUAAUGCAUUUUAUGGCAGCAUAUGCUCUAGGUUUGGAGGAUGGUGAUACAUUUGAUGGGAGACAUAUAGAUUAGCCAUGGUUAUGUACAUUUUGAUACAUUUUUAACUUCUUAAUGUAAGGUGAUUCAUGCUUCAGUGAAUUCUUCACAGAUUUUAUCUAUCUCUAUGUAAAAAGUAUUUUAAUAACAAGCAAGUGUCUUUAAGGAAUUCCAAAUAUGUAAGAUGGCCCCAGAACUUUCUUUGUAAGUAAAGAGGCUAAUAAUAAUAGGCGCUUGAUGAUAUUGUACUCCACUUCCUACUGGAAGAUUAACAUUAUUUACCAAGAAGGAAUUAAGGGAGUGGGGGGCAGAGAUUUGCAUUGCUGACAAGAGUCAGGAAACCCACUGAAAAUGUUUUUCACCUGUGAGAAGGAAACCUGUCUCUGUUGAGAGCAAAGAGAGGAGCAAGUGAAUGCAAGCAAGAUGCAUUCUUUUCCUGGUAAAAACAGCAGGUCAUUAAUGUUUCUAGAGUAUUAACUUCUAAUGGGUAAACUGGGGUUCUAGGUAGAAUGAUCCAGUGUGGUUUCUCAGAGGCCUAGUUCCUAUAGCCACCGUAUAGGAUCUGUUUCUGUAAGACUGCUAUUCCAUUGAAAGGUUUUAGCCGCUUAGACUUCCUUUUAGGACAAUCUCGGUAUGGUUAUUUUAAGUUGUUGCUUUGAGGGGGAACUGAAGAAUUUAAUAUAGCCCCUGGCCAGGUAACUCUAAGUUCUCAAAUAUUUCCUCCAAACUUCUGCACGGUGCAGGAGCUUAAGAAUGGCAUUGUUUUCUUGCCUUAAUUCCUAGAAAUUCUGUACUGGGAAUCUCAGGGAAUAAACUGAUAGGAGAAGUUAAAAUACAUGGCCCUUCUUAUUUUCAUUUGAUUAUGUUUGAACAGUUGAAAUCUUUCUAAGCCCUGGUUUCUUUCACUGGAUCGGGUCUUUUUAUCUAACUCUGUGACUGCAGUAAGGCGUUCAGAUAGCCAACUCAACUCUUUGACACUUGAGGCAAUGUGUCCUUACCCUGUUUGGACUUCAGUUCUGUCCUUCAGUCCUGGAUGUUUCUCUGUUUUCAGAAAUUCUCUUGGCUUUUCUUUCUUAAUCCAUUUGUCAAUUUUACCACUUUUCCUCCCGCUCCUCAUGGCUUCCCAUCAAGCCACAUGGAUUCAGGAGAAGUUGAUGACUGACAGCUCAUGUGCUGUGUAGAUUAUAAUUCAUUAGAUUCCGGUUUUGCUCAAGUACUGAGCCAUAUUUUAAUAACAACCAAACUAUUUCACGGCUUGGAUAGGGAUGGAUACUUUAUCAAGCAGAUUGGAAGGGUGCAGUACCCGUCCUGUAGGAAGGAGCAGUUAAAACCUUGAUGUGGGUUGUGGAUUAGCCGAUAGAAAAAUGAUCAGGUAGAAAUCAGGAGUAAGGGGAAGAUUAAUGGGAAUUUCACUCUACACAAAGAAAACAUGGCUGUUUCAAUAAAUGAAGCUGAACUCCUAGAUCCUGGAAUCCACACCAUAUUUAUAAAUCUAUAAUCCAGCUGUUACUUGAUUUUAAUGGGCAUCUUAGGCUAGCGUGAGAAAUGUGGUUUUUACUAUUUUCUACAGAGAAAAUAUUUUCCAAUGUAUCAAACUCAAUGAACUUAGAAAAUACAAUCCAUUUUUACAUUGGAGCUAUCUGUGCCGCAGUUCCUUUACAAUUGUACAUAAAACGCUUUUUCUGUAAAAUUGAGUUAAUGUAUAAAAUACUGCUUUAUGCCAGAAUAAAGAUACUAGUAUUUCCUA